AUGGAUGUUCCUCCACCGUUGGAUUCUUUACAUUUUCUUCGCCCUUCACUCAAUUCAGAUAUUGAUGGGUGCCUAUUAGUUGUCACCACCCACUUCAUCAACUCGCUAUUGCAACACAACGGUUCAAUGUUCAUAGGCGAACGAGUGGUCACCAUCACCGUCACAGAGGUUGCUGUCGGUGACUGUACUCGGAUGGCAAGGAAAGCACCGCUACAAGCGUCCCGUCGCCGCGCGCGCGGUGGUGACGUAUCCGGAAGUGCGCGCGGCUGCGCCGGCGUCGAGUGCGUCGACGAUUGCCAGAGCCGGCUCGAGGCGCAUCUGCGAGUUCGCGAGUUGGUGUACGUUGCGCUAUACCUUCUGGUUUGGGGAGAGGCCGGUAACCUACGUUUCACUCCAGAGUGCAUAUGUUAUAUUUACCAUUUCAUGGCGAAGGAGCUUUACCAUGUUAUUGAUGAACACAUUGAUCCUGAUACUGGUCGUCCUUUUAUGCCUACCGUUUCUGGUGAACUAUGGUUUUUGAUGUCUGUGAUUUUGCCAAUUUAUAAUACUAUUAAGGUUGAUAGUAGCAAAAAUGGAAAGGCUCCGCACUCUGCUUGGAGAAAUUAUGAUGACGUUAAUGAGUAUUUUUGGAGUAGGAGGUGUUUGAAGAGGCUGGGGUGGCCUUUGAAUUUGGGGUGUAAUUUCUUCGGGACUACUCCGAAGGAAAAGCACGUAGGGAAGACUGAUUUUGUGGAGCAGAGGUCGUUUUGGAAUGUUUACAAGAGUUUUGAUAGGCAUUCAUAUUUGGGGUGCAAAACAAAGAGGUUUAAUUUGGUUAGGUUUGCGUCCACAUGGGUGGUAGUUUUUUCUCUUGUGUUUGUGAUGGGGAUGCAACCCCUAACCCCUAUGAGGCCAAGGCUUGGAGAUUUACCCGAGAGUUGUGUGGCAUUGUUGUUGAUGUAUUUGGACCCACCAGAUAUUUGCAUGCUUGCACGAUUGAACAGGGUGUUUCGUGAUGCUUCGUUAGCUGAUUUCAUUUGGGAAUCAAAGUUUCCUGUGAAUUAUAAGUUCAUCGUGGAGAAAGCUUUGAAGGAUGUUUCUGUAGAAGACUCGGGGAAGAGGGAUAUUUAUGCUACACUCUGCAGGCCUAAUUGUUUGACAACAGGACCAAGGAAAUUUGGCUGGAUAAGAGGACGGGUGGGAUGUGUAUGGCGAUUUCUUCCCAAGCGUUGA